AUGUUAUAUUUCAUAUUUCUUUUAACAGUAUUUGCUGAGCAGUGUGUUAAUGGUAAUUGUAAAAAAGAAGAAGAGAAUCUAUAUCCAGUAAAUGGAGUAACUGUAGAAAUUGCUGAUUGUCUAAGAACAUCAUUAGAUUUGACUGAAAGUUUUACAAAUUUGAUUAGUGAAUGUCCAGAAUCUCCUAAAAAGAUGUUUCCAUUGAAUAUAACACAAUCUAACAUUAGACAAAUUUUAGCUUCUAACUCAUAUUUCAUUUUUGAUUCAAAUGAAACAACUAUUGGUAAAAUGGAUAUUAAAGGUGAUAUCGCAAUGGUUAUUAAAAAUGUUAAAGUUAAUGUCAUUAAUGCUAUAGAAGGAGAAACAAAUAUGACAAUUCCAAAAUGUAAAGAAGCUUGUAGUCUUCAAGUUGAUCAAAGUUCUUUUAAUUCUUUAAAUGAUUUUUAUAUUGGAAAUAAAGUAACUAUUAAUGCAAAAUCUAUGGAAUUAAAUUGUUCUAAAGAAUAUCAAUCAUCUAUUCAUAUUGGAGCUCAUUCUCAUAUUAAGACUGAUAAAAUGAAUAUAUCUGGUUUUACUAUUAUUUUUACUGAAGGUCAUAAAAAAGUUAAUAUGUCAGGUCCACUAAUUGUUGCUGAUGAAUUUACUACAAAUAGACCUCUUUCUAUCCAAGUUAUUGACCGUCUUCGUCCACAACAAUGUAUUAUUGCUAUUAAAUCCUCUUCAUUAAAAAAAUAUCCAAAGACUAUGCAAUUUAAGAUAGACGAUUCAUAUUUGAACUUUGUUGUUCUUCCAGUAAAAACAGGAAAUAUUACUGAAGUUUUCUCUCCAGAAAAGAAAGUGUUAAUAUUUACUGAAGAAAAUAUUAAUAAAAUGGAAAUUCCUAAAGGAUAUGAAAAGAAAACUUAUGAAGGAAAUUAUGUUGUUCUUCCUUUAAAAACUGGAAUAGAAAUCUUCCCAUUAGAGGACCUUGAUCAGGACUUCAUUAUUAAUAGAACAAUUCUUCGUUCUGAAGAAUCAAAUCAAGAAGUAAGUAGCAUGUAUUUAAUGAGAAUUAAUGACCAAAAUCAAGUAAAACUUGAUUUUAAGAAUCCUAAGAAAUAUCUUAUUGAAGGUAAAGAACAUGGAAAAAAACAUAAAACUACUGUUUACCAAAUUAACUAUUCUCUAAAUGAACUUAAUGUUAGUAACAAUAACCUUAUUUAUCUUCAAGAAUUUAAAAAGAAAACUGAUAUUGUUUUCCCAAUAGAAGGUGGAGAAAUAAUGUCUAUCCCUAACCAUUAUUUCAGAAAAGGAAAUAAAUAUCCUCUUAAAAAUUAUGAAGUUUGGAGAAUGGAUGAUGAGGAGUAUUUUGUUUUUAACAAAUUAACUAUCCUCAAUAUGUUCUCUUUCUUCACUGAUGUCGACUAUAAGUUAACUCGUGUUGAUGAUCAGUUAUUAAUUUGCCAUCCUCAAAUUAUUCCAAAAGAAAAAGAGAUGAAUGUCACUCAAGUUAACCAAACUCAAGUUAAUGAACAAAUCAAUGAUGAACAAUUUAAUUCUACAAAUACAAGAAGUGAUGAAGAGAAUAAAGAAAUAAAAGAAGAAAAAGAAGAAAUAACAAAGAAAAGAAGUGAUAAUGAAAAAGAACAAAAUGAUGAAAUGAAAUCAUAA